UAAUUACAAAACAAAAUGUGCAAAUAUAUGCGUACUAGUUGUAAACAUGCGUAGACCAACAAAUACUACAUUUCUUUAUAUGUAUUUACAUAUGCACAUAUAUGUAUGUCGGUGGGUAUGUAAUGUCAUGUCCACACCGCUUUACCUUUCAUCACUUGUGCCAGCUGACUUUACGAGCAAGAAUCAAGAUCAGUUGCAAGCGCAACAACUCCAAAAGCUGUAAUUACCAUGUAAGGCAACAACAACAACAAGGAAUAUGUAUGCAUGUCUAUGCACACCAGCAAGCAUAAAUCGCGCAUCGGCACAGCAACUCACCGCACCACAUCCCCCCAGUCCAGUCAAAGCCGAAGAACUAGCCGAAUAAGCGAAAAUUUACCACGAUUUGUGUGUGCCUCUGGCGCUGAGCGACUUGCUGACUGCUAUAGGCUGAUGAUCGUUUGCGUUCGGCUCGACUUGAUUUCGCUGCGGAAGAUUAAGCGCGUCACGGUGCACGCAAAUAUCAAUAAAAUUGCCGCAACGCAGCUGAUACGAGUCAGUAAAGCGGCGUUUUUCAAACCAAAUAGAUGAGCUUGGCCGAGCUAAAGUGUAUGAGAGAAAACGAUCGUACAUACAUAACUACCUACCUACCUACUUAUAGGAAAAGUCAAAGUGAAUUGAAUAAAAAAGUGUAUAGCGAAAGUUGAAAGAAAGUAUAAGACGAAAGAACCUUAAGACAAGAACAGUCUGAGUGCGGAAAGUGAAUUUGCUACGGUAAAAUUAAAACAACAAAAAGUGAAUAGCGAUCAUUAAACUCGCAAAAGCGCAAAGUGAUCAUACUUAAUUGCAAAGUGAUCAAACUCAAUUGAAAUUCUAAAGAAAUCUUUAAUUCUACGUUGUAAAGUAAGAACGAAAAUGUAGAUGCUAGCUGCUGCAUUGAAUAUCAAUUCGUGCGCUUUUUUUGGCAAGUGAUUGCUCGCAAAGUAAAAAAGAAAAAACUGUGAAAAUUACAACAAUAUACAUAAGAAAACAAUAAAAACCGUUAAGGUUGUAAGCACACAUUAUAAGAAUCAAUAAGAAUUUUUAUUGCUGUUGCAAUAUUUUCUAAGCAACAACAACAAAAUGUACAUAUCGAAUUCCACCGGUGGCCUGAUGCUACAAACGAUGCUCUAUUUGGCAAAUCAGACCAGUAGAGCAGCUGUAAACACAUUGGUUGAUCUGCCGCCAGCACAGAAGAGUGACGGUAACGAGGUGAAAUGUUAUGGUGUUUAUGGUUGCUUUCCAUUGAAUGGACCUUGGACGAGUGAGACGCGUCAGAUCAAUGUACAUCCGCAGAAACCCUCACAAAUCGAGCCACAUUAUACGCUCUAUACAAAGCGUAGUUUGGAUAAGCCGAAAUUUAUAGAUCUCAACGAUCCGGAAGCCGUGGCACAAAUGGGUAUAAAUCCAGCGGGGAAAAUAUUUCUAGUCUCGCAUGGUUACCUAGAGAAUGGCAAUAUCGAGUGGAUGAAAGAGUUGGCCAAGACAUUGCUGCAAAGCGAGUCAGAGGGUAAUGCCGCAGUAAUACUCAUUGAUUGGGGCGGCGGCUCGAAUCCACCUUAUGUGCAAGCGGUCGCGAAUAUACGUUUGGUGGGCGCCAUCACCGCACAUGUCAUACACAUGUUAUAUGAGGAGCUACAACUAUCCGAUCUACGCAACGUGCACAUCAUCGGUCACUCGCUGGGCUCACACUUGGCUGGCUAUGCCGGCUAUCACUUGCAGCAAGACUUUGGCUUGAAGCUGGGUCGUAUUACUGGGCUGGAUCCUGCGGCGCCACUCUUCUCUGAAACUGAGCCCAUAGUGCGUUUGGACCGCUCCGACGCCGAGUUCGUUGAUGCCAUACAUACAGACGCGAAUCCGUUCAUGAAAGGCGGUUUGGGCAUAUAUCAGCGUGUCGGCCAUGUUGAUUUCUAUCCGAAUGGUGGUUCCGAUAAUCCCGGUUGUGAUGUGCGUUUGCAGGACUAUAUGAGGAGUCGCAAGAGUUCCGUUUUCUUGAGCAUGCAAGAGUUUCUCAGCUGCAAUCACAUACGCAGUUAUCAAUACUUCACGGAGAGCAUAUCGAACAAGUGUCCAUUCAUGGGCAUCACUUGCGAAUCGUACGAGGCCUUUAAGGAGGGGCUGUGCUCGCGAUGCGACGAAAAUGGACUGGUUUGCAUGCGUAUGGGCCUACACAGCUACACGGAUUACAAAGAGCUGCAAGCGGUGGGCGAGUUACGCGCCAAUGACAAGCCGCCAGUGUUGUAUCUGACAACAGCCGAUAAGAAGCCCUUCUGUCGCAUUCACUAUAAACUCACAGUGCGCGUGUCGGGUCACGACGAGAGCACCAUGCAUGGUGGUGAAAUCGGCACAAUCUCAGUGCGCCUCCACUCGAGCACGCGCAGUAAGAAGCUCACAGAUCACAUACGCUUCUCCGAGAAGGCCAUGUACUUCGAGCCGGGCUUUGAGUAUAGCGCUUUGGUGACGGGCAAAGGUGUGCCCGACCCGGCGUCGUAUGCCGCUGUGUACUGGGAGUAUCAGACAAACUUCUUGAACCCGCUCACAUGGCGCAUACUCUCAGCGCCACGCAUUUACCUCGAUUAUAUAAUGAUUGAAUCGCUGGAAUACCCCGACAUGCAGCUGAAGCUGUGUCCGCUCAACGAGAGCGCUGUGAUAUCCGGCACGGAGAAUAUACUGCAGGAGAAGUACUGCAAGUGAUGGAUUCCGCAAUCACACACUCACUGUAAAUAUUAUCACGUGAUAAGCUAAUUUGUAUGCCGUUAGCUGCAUUCCACACACAAUUUCACAAAUAUGCCGAAAAUUUAACAAAAUGCGACGAACGAGUUCAAGAAGGCGCGCACUAUUACUGCCGUUUCCGCGGCAACUGUCAAUCGUAACGGAAGUGUCAAAAAGUACCGCUGCGUCGAUAGUACAAAAAUACGCAUACGCAAGGCUCACCGUAGAUGUCGCCGGUAGAGAUAUAGCCAAGUAACAAACCACGCUGAAGGUAGGAACAGUAAUUAUACUGUUCUCUCUUUAAGAGAUCACUUUCAAACUUGAAACCGUUCUCACUUGUUGGGAAUACUGAAUUUAGCGAAUGCACCAACCGUAACGCCACAUCACUCAUUGUGGAGAUUAUAAACUACUCUCUUCUUAGUGUAGACUUGCAAUUAUUACUCUUCUCAUUAAGUUGGGAAGUGUUGCGUACAUUUUGUGUACGAUUUCUUCGUUCUCAGCUAGCAUACCUGUAGGAAUAUUUCGUGCACUCAUUUGUAAAUACAAACAUACAUUCAUAUAUACGUAAUUAGUUUGAAAAUUCAUGUGUACAUAGAUUACCUUAUAACAGUAAAAUUACCUUACAACAGUAUAACUGCUACUACUACUACUACUACAUACAUACAUAUGUACAUAUUUAUUGAAUAAUUUAUGUAAACUUAUUUUGUACCUAAUUUAUUUACAUAUUUAUCUAUUAUAAUAAGGUAAAAUAAUAAAAGUACUAAUAAAAUAUUUAAGAUUUAUGAAUUUGUGCUACUUAA